CUUGUUAUAAAGAGAUUGUGGCAUCAAUUUCUGCAUAACAAAACAAUUAGAAUUUUGUUUGGUCAGCAGCUGUUUAUUUAUGAUAUAGAGAGAUUGUGGCAGCAGAUAAUCUUUGAAUUUUUUUUUUCUGUGUCUCUUGAUUCUUUUGCUUUCAACUUUGUUUUGGAACUGAUUCUGUUCCCACUUUCAUCAACCCACAAGAAUUCAUGAACUUCUCCUUCUCACCUUUCAUUAAAUACACCAACACCCCAACCUACCAUUUUUCAGGGUGUCAAUAGAUUGUAAUUCUUUUGCAAAUUAAUCCAUCCUUCAUCCUUCUGUUCAAGUUCUUACUCAAAACCAGGAAGCUUCAUCUUUGAAACUGCUUCAAUGGCCUCAAAGAGAAUAUUGAAGGAGCUCAAGGACUUGCAGAGAGAUCCACCAACUUCAUGCAGUGCAGGUAAAAGAACUGAAAAAAAGAGGGCUUAUUGCUUGGAAAAUGGAUAUAUAUAUAUAUGUAAUUUCUUAUGGUGUUUUUUCCUUUUUUCAGGUCCUGUGGCUGAGGACAUGUUCCAUUGGCAAGCAACAAUCAUUGGUCCAAAUGACAGUCCCUAUUCAGGGGGUGUGUUCCUUGUAACCAUCCAUUUUCCACCUGAUUAUCCUUUCAAACCUCCAAAGGUUGCCUUCAGGACCAAAGUGUUCCAUCCAAAUAUAAACAGCAAUGGCAAUAUCUGUUUGGACAUUCUCAAGGAGCAAUGGAGUCCAGCACUCACCAUAUCCAAGGUUUUACUGUCGAUAUGUUCUCUUUUGACCGACCCGAACCCUGAUGACCCUCUUGUUCCGGAAAUUGCUCAUAUGUGCAAGACUGACAAAGUCAAAUAUGAGUCAACAGCUCGGAGCUGGACCCAGAAGUAUGCCAUGGGCUAAUUAAUUAAUUAAGACCCUAAUUAAUCUUGUUUAAAAAAUAUAUAUCCAGCUUCUAUAUUACUAUAACUUGUCUUAUAUAUAUUGAAUUGAGGCCCCCAAAUUGUAAUUUGACCUCCUUUGCUUGAACAUGAAUAUUAUGGCUGCCAAGUUUUUGAAGCUACACUUCAA